AUGGGAUACUUUGGGCCAAUUGGCGUGGGUGCUAUCUCAUAUGUCGAGUAUGCCCGCCGUCUUCUACCAGAUCCAGGGGAGAGCGAUGAAGAAGUCAACCAUCUGACUGCAGCAAUGGUCCCGGUCGUCUACUGGCUUGUAUUCUUCUCGAUUGUUGUCCAUGGACUCUCGAUUCCAGUGUUAAACGGCAUCUACAAAUGGCUUCGGGUUGCGAUAAUUCAUGAUCAUCCUGUGGAGGUUCUCAUGCUCUCCGAUAAUGAACCCGUUCCCAACAACAGCGUCGUCCAUCGCGAGUCGCACUUGGUGACGGUAAAUAAUCGCUUCUCGUGUAUCUCUAGCAAUAGUCGACCGAGCCACAACUGUGAAGACUCGGACAUGGCUAGGUUACGGUAUAGUCGAGAUUGUGAAUUAUCGCUUGGUCGGCUUUCGUCAAAAGAGUCAUCGCUAACUCAGGCGGAACACAUUAGAGAAAUUGUUUAG